GAAUUUAUGGGCUGAACACCUGCAUGAAGUGUAUGAAGACUUUAUAUGACAUAAAUAUCAACAUAUAAUAUAAAAAACCUAUACGUGUUGAACGCGUCGACUGUGUUGAAAUGGGAAGUAGCCAACAUUUUAUAAGGAAGUAGAGAAAUAACGGCCGAAGAAACAUGUUUGAGCUGAGUGAGCUGUAACUUACAUCUAAAAUGAGUCUCUCUGGGGAGAGAGAGGAGGAGACCACUGCCUCUAUAACGAGUCUUUCUGGGGAGAGAGAGGAGGAGACCACUGCCUCUAAAAUGAGUCUCUCUGGGGAGAGAGAGGAGGAGACCACUGCCUCUAAAACGAGUCUCUCUGGGGAGAGAGAGGAGGAGACCACUGCCUCUAAAAUGAGUCUCUCUGGGGAGAGAGAGGAGGAGACCACUGCCUCUAAAACGAGUCUCUCUGGGGAGAGAGAGGAGGAGACCACUGCCUCUAAAAUGAGUCUCUCUGGGGAGAGAGAGGAGGAGACCACUGCCUCUAAAAUGAGUCUCUCUGGGGAGAGAGAGGAGGAGACCACUGCCUCUAAAAUAAGUCUCUCUGGGGAGAGAGAGGAGGGGACCACUGCCUCUAAAAUGACUCAAGACACCAGUUCUAAGAGUGUCCAGAAGCCCAGAGCAGAGUCCCCUACAACCAGCCUGCUAUCAAUGAAGAGUGAUCAGCCACCUGCUUUCAGCCAGGAACCAUUACCAGAUGACAAUAAGGAAGUGGAGAGUUUGGACAGUGAGGAUCCAUUAAAUAUCACACACAACCUUCUGGACGGAAGAAGUCAAACUCUGCUGACAGUCCAACAAGACAUUAAGGCUAAACUGAAACACAAGUAUCAACACGUAUCUGAAGGAAUUGGACACCAUGGAAACCAAAUUCUGUUAAAGGACAUCUACACAGAGCUCUACAUCACAGAGGGUGGAAGUGGAGGGCUCAAUAAUGAACAUGAGGUUAGACAGAUAGAGAUGGCAUCCAAGAAACAAACCACACAAGAGACACCAAUCAAAUGCAACGACAUCUUCAAGCCUUUACCUCAACAAGACAAACCUAGCAGAACUGUGCUGACAAAAGGAAUCGCUGGCAUUGGAAAAACAGUCUCUGUGCAGAAGUUCAUCCUUGACUGGGCAGAGGGAAAAGCAAAUCAGGACGUUCAUUUCAUGUUGCCUCUUCCUUUCCGUGAUCUGAACCUGAAAAAGGACCAAUACAGUCUGAUGCAACUUCUUUCCCACUACUUCCCAGAGCUGAAAGAGAUUGACAGCAUUGAAGAUGGUGAAACCAAAACUGUUUUCAUUUUUGAUGGUCUGGAUGAGUGUCGACUUCCUCUAGACUUAAAAAACAAUGAGAAGUGCUGUGAUGUCACGAAGCCAACCUCAGUGGACGUGCUGCUGACAAACCUCAUCGAGGGGAAUCUGCUUCCCUCUGCUCUCGUCUGGAUAACCUCACGGCCUGCAGCAGCCAAUCAGAUCCCUCCUGAGUGUGUUGACCAGGUGACAGAGGUACGAGGGUUCAAUGAUCCACAGAAGGAGGAGUAUUUCAGGAAGAAAAUCCCAGAUCAGAAUCUGGCCAAUGAUAUCAUCAAACACAUGAAGACAUCAAGGAGCCUCCACAUCAUGUGCCACAUGCCAGUCUUCUGUUGGAUAUCAGCCACUGUCCUUGAGAUGAUACUAAAAGAGGCAGAGAAGGAUGAAGUCCCCAAAACUCUGACCCAGAUGUAUUCACACUUCAUGCUCAUCCAAACCAUUGUGAAGAACAAGAAGUACAACAAAGCAACAGAGACAAACCCAAGGGAACUGUCUCAGUCAGACAAAGAGAUGAUCCUGAAACUGGCAAAGCUGGCUUUCCAACAGCUGCAGAAGGGCAACCUGAUCUUCUAUGAGGACGGCCUGAGAGAGUGUGGCCUUGAUGUCACAGAGGCAUCAGAGUACUCAGCAUUGUGUACAGAGAUCUUUAAGGAAGAAUCUGGGCUGUACCAAGACAAGGUCUACAGCUUUGUGCAUCUGAGCAUUCAGGAGUUUCUAGCAGCAGUGCAUGCUUUAGAAUCAUGUCUGGACAAGAAGGAAAAUGUUUUCUCCCCCACUAGUGAUGAUAAAGAGAAGGAGUCAAUCCAGUUGUCUGACUUACACAGGAGAGCGGUGGACCAGGCCAUGAAGAGUGAGAAUGGACACCUGGACCUGUUCCUCCGCUUCCUUCUGGGUCUCUCACUGGAGUCCAAUCAGAAUCUGUUACGAGGCCUUCUGACACAGACAGGAAGUACCACACAGACCAAUGAGGAAACAGUUGAGAGAACAGUCAGGUACCUUUCAAACAACAUCGAAAGGGAAUCCUCACCAGAAAGGAUCAUCAACUUGUUCCACUGUCUGAAUGAACUUGGUGCCAACUCUCUAGUUGAAGACAUGCAGACCUCCCUGCGAUCAGGAACUCUUUCAGAAACAAGACUAAAACCUGACCAAUGUUCAGCCCUGGCCUACCUGUUACUGAUGUCAGAGGAGGUGCUGGAGGAGUUUGACCUGAAGACAUACAACACAUCAGAGAAAGGUUAUCAGAGGUUGCUGCCGGUAGUGAAAACCUGCAAGAGAGCACUACUGGAUGGCUGUACCCUCACAUAUGAAUCUUGCGAAUCUCUGGCCUCAGCUCUGCAGACACCAAACUCCCCCCUGAGAGAACUGGACCUCAGCAACAAUGACUUGGGAGACAGAGGAGUGAAGCUGCUCUGUGUUGGACUAACCAGUCCACUCUGCAACAUACAGACACUAGUACUGGAUGGCUGUAAAAUCACAUAUGAAUCCUGUGAGACUCUGACCUCAGCUCUGCAGACACCAAACUCCCCCCUGAGAGAACUGGACCUCAGCUACAAUGACCUGGAAGACAGAGGAGUGGAGCUGCUCUGUGUUGGAUUAACCAGUCCACUCUGCAACAUACAGACACUAGUUCUAGGUCAGUGUGGUCUGACAGAGGGUUGCUGUUCAGAUCUGGCCUCAGUCCUGAGUUCACCCAACUCACAACUGAAACAACUGGAGCUGAGAGACAAUGACCUGCAGGACUCAGGAGUUACACUGCUGUCUGCUGGACUGGAGGAUCCAGACUGUAAACUACACACACUGGGGCUGUCUGGCUGUCUGGUCACAGAGGAGGGCUGUGCUGCUCUGUCUUCAGCUCUGAGGUCAAACCCCUCCAUCCUGAAAGAGCUGGACCUGAGCUACAAUUACCCAGGAGACUCUGCAGGAGGACUGCUUUCAGCUGCUCUGGUGGAUCCCACAUAUAAACUGAUGAAGCUGAAUGUGGAUCAUGGUGGAGAGUGCAGGCUGAAAUCAGGGCUGAGGAAAUAUGCCUGUCAUCUCACCCUGGACCCAAAUACAGCAAACCCAAACCUGAUACUGUCUGAGGGGAACAGGAAGGUGACAUGUGUGGUGGAGGAUCAGCAUUAUGAAGACCAUCCAGACAGAUUUGACUGUAGUCCCCAAGUUCUCUGCAGAGAAGGCUUAUCUGGAUGUCGUUAUUACUGGGAGGUGGAGAAGGAUGGUGGCAAGGCUGACAUUGGUGUGGUGUACAAAGGAAUGAAUAGGAAUGGAUGGGAGGACGACAGUAAGAUUGGAGGCAAUAGGAAGUCCUGGAGUUUAGUCUGCUCUCACUGUGGUUAUCACUUUAACCAUCCUGGAGUCAGUAGAUCCAUCUCUGGUCCUGAUUCUAACAGAGUUGGAGUCUAUCUGGACUGGCCAGCUGGUACUUUGUCCUUCUAUAGUGUGUCCUCCUCUGGUACACUGACACACCUUUACACAGAACACACCACAUUUACUGAACCCCUCUAUCCUGGGUUUGGGGUUUGCUCCUCCUCCUCCUCAGUGACCCUGUGUCAGAUAGAUGACCAACACAUUCAGAGUAGAGACCAUGGUGGAGAGAGUUGGAUCAAGCCUGGACCUGAGGACACCAGAGACCAUGGUGGAGAGAGUUGUAUCAAGCCUGGAACUGAUAAAUGGAUUCCUCAGAGCUGUAAGACUUGUGUCCAUGUUGAGGACUCCACACACUGGCUUCAGAUUGAACCCUUUAGUUCCACUGUCCAGGGAGUGACAAUGUUCAGACACAGGACACCCAAAGGGAGUUAUGAGUGCACAGUGUCUGGGCUCCGCUGGCUGUGUGAGAGAGAUGUCAUUCUGAAGUAUCACUUCAGGAACUGUGAACCCUACAGUCACCUUCUGAAAGACAUGCAGUACACACAAGGUGGUCCAUUGCUGGACAUCACUAUGGAGUUAGGUGAAUUGGAGGAAGUUCAUCUGCCACACUUUGUCUGUUUAGGGACCAACCCUUCCCUGAGGAAUGAGAUGAAGAUUCUUCAUGUAGAGGAACAUGGAGUGUCUUUAGAGGAAGUGCAUGAGGUCACCAGAUUCCAUGCUAAAAUUCUCCAUCCCAAGUUCUCACUUAUCUCUGUUAUACUAAGAUUACUGUCUUGGAACGUAGAUGUCCACUGUGACGUGGUCCUCUAUAUGGCAGUUAAAAGGUCAACAGUCAUUUCAAGGCUGUACCUGCUCCUCAGAAACUCCAGUCAGAAAGAGGCUAUUCAGGAACGGGAGAAAAAUCAGGUGUCCCAAGGAUAUUCGGAAUUGGUCCUGUCAAGUCCAAACGGGCCCUUAAAGCUGAACAGUUGGUUUGCACUCAAGAAUUCCCACUCCACUUCCAUCAAUCCAGAGAAGAUUCAGCUGUUACCUGCAGACACCACACCAAGCUGUUGUAAGAUGAUUAUAAGAAACACAGGGGUUGACAUUGAGAUGGAGUUAAUCGGGGAUGAUGAGAGGACUGUAUGGAGAGAUAUGGUACCAAUAGAUGAAUACAUCACUGAAACCCAUUCAACUAGUGCUGUGUUGGGGGCAGGGCGUCCGGCUGAGAGCAGUCUGACUGGUUCUACAAAACUGCAGCUGCGUUCUCUACGGACAGAGUUUGUGAAACGAGUGUCAAGACCUGUCCUGAAUGAACUGCUGGACGGACUCCUGCAACACACAGUCAUCAACCAGGAGGAAAUGGAGUCAGUGAAGGUGAUAGCUGAGAGGGCAGAGAAGGCACGUGACAUCAUCGACAUGGUGUUGAGAAAAGGAACUGAGUCAAGUUCUAGGAUGAUCAACCUUCUUGGGGAGCUGGACCCCUGUCUUUGGUCACAGCUUCAGAUCAACAGUGUUGGGGUACCAACCUAAUGGUAGAAUGGAUAGUAACAGUGUUGGCGUACCAUCCUAAUGGUAGAAUGGAUAGUAACAGUGUUGGGGUACCACCCUAAUGGUAGAAUGGAUAGUAACAGUGUUGGGGUACCAACCUAAUGAUAGAAUGGAUAGUAACAGUGUUGGGGUACCAACCUAAUGGUAGAAUGGAUAGUAACAGUGUUGGAUUACAAAAUACAAAAAUAACUGUGCAAAUGUUAUGGAGACACAGUUUACAGUAUUGUGUGAAAAAGUGUGUGUGACAACCCUCCCACUCUGUCUGCCGAAAAUACAGAGUCCACAUACACACACACACACACACACACACACAAACACACUGUGACGACCCUCCCAUUCUGUCACACUGUGACGACCCUCCCGCUCUGUCACACUGUGACGACCCUCCCACUCUGUCUGCAGAAUUCUUUCUCUUUGAUCUUGUUUUCUUUAAUAGGAUGUCGGUGGGCAGAGCUGGAAGGGUCGUCAGUGAAAUGGGACACACCUGGGCUCGGCUGUGUCCCGGGGAUAAAUACACCUUUCCCCCAUUCAUUGAGGAGACUCUCUCCACCCAGACACACUGUUGUUUUUGGUUGUGGCAUUUUGGGGCUUCGUUGUGUUCAUUUGUUUUGGCACCUUUCAACAGCCCUCAUUAUCACCAUCUGUGAACACAUCCACUCCCUUCCACUACUGACUACACACCCCAUUGUAACUUGUAUAUAGUUGACUUUAUUUAAUAAAUAUGUUUUCUUUAUCUCCA